GGUCGAUACAGACAACGCUCGCCAGAAAUGAUCAAAUCGAAAGUUAGUUGAAGUGUAUAAAAUGCAUUUAAUGAUGUUAAUUCCAUUUUUGGUUCUCAUAGUAUCAAUAGCCACGGCAACUGAACUCAACUUAUUGCCUGCUGUUGCACAAUACGGAAAUGAUCCUCAAUAUCAUCCAAUUCUUUCUCUGUACCAUUCACAAGAUAAAUUGGGACAUUAUGUAUAUGGUUAUGCUACACCUUCAGCAUUGAAGAGCGAAAAAUUGGAAAAUGGAGUAACUAGAGGCGGGUAUUCGUACAUUGAUUCCAAUGGACAUUUGCAAACAGUCGAAUACGUAGUCGAUCCUGUCCACGGUUUCAGAGUUGCCGCCACAAAUUUACCACAAGAUUUACCAGAUGUUGCUUGGGCCAAAGAACAACAUAUCGCACAGUACGAAGCAAUCAAAUCAGAGAACGCCAAAUUGGCUACUGCUAUAGUUGCUUAUUCCAAUCCAAUAGCUGUACCUAUUGGUGCUGUUCCAAAUAUUUCUCCCCAUCAACAGCUCCCUCAACCGGUCCACGAUUUACCAGAAGUUGUAAAGGCUCGGAAUGAACAUUUGGCAAUUUUAAAUGCCGCUUAUUCAAAAGCUAUUGUGUCACCAGCUUUACCAGAAUCAGUUAAAGAUUUACCAGAAGUUAUAAAAGCGCGUGCAGAGCAUUUAGCUGCAGUAGAAGAAAUUAAAACUCGUGACGCAUCCAUUUCUAAACAAAUUAGUUUGAGCAAUAUCCCUGAAGCUAUUCAAAAUGGAGUUAUUCCAGUGAAAACUGUGACCAGUACUUAUGUAACUCCCGUACAUGCUGUUGUUCAAACUGAGGAGAUUUCUUAUAAUCCUGUACCGUCUGAAAGUGAAGAUUUUAGAAAUUUUGGCAAAUAUUCAUAUGGUUAUGUAGGUCCCCAUAGUGCUCAUUCAGAAUCCAGAUCAGAAGAUGGUGUUACUAGAGGAGGAUACUCUUAUAUUGACGCCAAUGGAAGACUGCAGAAUGUUCACUAUAUUGCAGAUGUCAACCACGGUUUUAGAGUCGCAGCUUCUAAUAUUCCUGUAGAUCCUCAUCAUUCCAGAAAUGUAUAAAAAAUUGAUUGCUCUGAUAUCAUAUCGAAGGAAAUAAAAAAUCACAUAUUUGAAU